GAAUUAUAAAAAUUUACAUUGCUGUUAUAUCUAAUAUAUCAUCAAAAAAUAUACAGUAUAUAAUCUCCAAAAUACUAAUAUUUGACACGCUGUGCCAAAACUGCCAGAUGUCGACGUCUGGUUUUGAGCAAAGCGGAUCUUCUUGUGAUGGUGGAGAAAAAAGCCAGUAUGAUGAUCAUAUGGGACUUACUCAUGAAUGUGGGGUAUUUGGAUGUAUUUCGUCAGGUCCUUGGCCUUCUCAACUAGAUGUUGCCAAUGUUAUAUCUCUUGCUCUGGUGGGAUUACAACACAGAGGUCAGGAAAGUGCAGGAAUCGUCACUGGAAGCGGAGAGUCUGGUGAUACUUUUAACGUGCACAGAGGGAUGGGACUUGUUAGCAAUAUAUACAAUGCAGACAACUUGUCAAAACUUAAUGGGAAUCUUGGAAUUGGACAUACUCGUUAUUCUACACAAGGCAAGUCUGAACUUCAGAACUGUCAACCUUUUGUUGUUGAUACUAUGCAUGGACAAAUUGCAGUCGCUCAUAAUGGUGAACUGGUGAAUAAAAACAAAUUACGCGAAGAUAUUUUAAAAUGGGGGAUAGGAUUGUCAUCCUCUUCAGAUAGUGAAGUUAUAACACAAAUUUUAUGUUUUCCUCCAAAAGAUGGUGAGCCUUCUGGACCCGAUUGGCUUUCAAGGAUAAAGUUUUUGAUGCAGAAAACACCUUUAGCAUAUUCAUUGCUGCUUAUGAAUGGCAAUGAAAUUUAUGCAUUACGCGAUCCUUAUGGAAAUCGACCACUCUGUGUUGGGAAACUCGUUUCUCCCAGUGACAAUGAGGUGGAAGGAUGGGUAGUUUCAUCAGAAUCUUGUGUUUUUCAUUCUCUUGGUGCGAAUUUGCAUUAUGAAGUUGGUCCUGGGGAAAUUAUCAAACUCACGCAAAAUGGUGUUUCUGUGCUGGGCAAAGUGCCAAGGCCUGACCAAGGAAAUCCAGCAUUAUGUAUAUUUGAAUAUGUCUAUUUUGCUCGUCCGGACUCUGUAUUGGAAGGACAAAUGGUGUAUAGUGCACGUUACCGAUGUGGAGUCCAACUUGCGAUAGAAGCUCCUGUGGAAGCGGAUGUUGUAAGCACAGUUCCCGAAAGUGCGACACCUGCAGCUUUUGGCUAUGCAGCCAAGUCUGAACUGCCGUUUGUUGAAGUUCUUGCUAAAAAUCGUUACAUUGGCAGAACGUUUAUUCAGCCUAGCAAGAGGCUACGUCAACUUGCAGUAUCUAAAAAAUUUGGACCUUUACGAGAAAAUUUAGAGGGGAAGCGUGUUGUCUUGGUAGACGAUUCGAUUGUUCGUGGUAACACGAUGGGGCCGAUUGUCAAAAUGUUGCGUCAAGGUGGAGCUAAAGAAGUUCACAUUAGAAUUGCAUCUCCACCUAUACGCCAUCCAUGUUAUAUGGGUAUAAAUAUACCAACACCAAAAGAACUAAUUGCAAACAGUUUAUCUGUUGAUGAGAUUGCAAAGUUAUUUGAUGCAGACAGUCUGGCUUAUCUAUCUCUAACAGGAUUGGUCAAUUCUGUCCAAUCAGGGAUAACGACUAAAAACAAACACAACGGCUGUAGUUCAGAUAAAGAAGAAGAAUCUAGUCUAUCCUCAAAUGAAAAAUCCGCUGGUUGUUCAGAAUAUGGCCACUGUGUGGCGUGUCUAAAUGGAAAAUAUCCAGUUAAUAUAGAUUGGUAGAGAAUUUUUUGAAAUCAUAUUGGUAUAGGGACAUCAUGAUAUCCUUGUAUAUUCUUAUUUGCAUAGCAUUUACAUUAUUGUGACUAAGUUUAUUUCAUAUAUAACACAUGAAUUUAAUUCCGGUAGACUAAAUGAUUGGAUAUUAACUUUUGUAAUUAUACUUAUAAAGUAAUAAGUGUCAGACACUGUAGCUAUUUUCUAAUCAGGGAAAACUGUGUUUGUUUUGUGUAUUAUCCUUUGAGCAAUAUCCAAUCUAGUAGAUAAUUUUUUCUUGCCAUUUUCUAUGUUUACACAUGCUUGACCUUUUUUGUAUUAUUGUACGUUGCACCUACUUAUUUGUGUCAAAUUACAUUGCCUUAGUACACUUUUUGAAUGCAAUUAUCAAUUUUCUGUGCAUUUUCCAGAAAAUAUAUAUAACAAUAUGACAACUUGGAGAGUAGUUGGAUGGGCCGAUGAAUCUGAAUGGGAAGCAGUUUACUUUAACUUAUUUUAUGGCGACCGGUAUCAAAUCCGAGCAGCGUUGAAUCAGAUUUCUAUAUGGAGAGCGAGGUUUGCUGGCAGGAUACCUGUAGCAAUCGAAGCAACUGCACAACUUUUUGAAUGCUUUUUACAUGAAGGUGGAUCGAAUACUAUGACAAAGAGACAAUGUAUGUCGACAGCUCUGUCGCAAUUUGUUGGUUUAUUAACUGAACGAAGUCUUAAAACUACGGGUUAUCACACCCCCAUUCAUGUGAGGGGUGAAGAAAUGGGAAUACCGGAAUGGAUUGUGAAUCUGCGUCAUGAAGCUGCACAUGGUUUUGUCCCAUCGUUCUUGAUGUUGGACAAGGGUGUUAAAUUUGCAUUCGAGUGGCUCAAGACCGUGCAUUGGGAGAAACUACACGAGAAACAAAUUAAAAUGACUAGUAAUGAUGAUAAUAAUGGCGAAGAUGUUGUUUCAAUAGAUAGAGAUAUUGUAGCGGUUCUCAGAAAUUGUUUCACAAAAGCUGUUAAAAGAGCAACUCCUAGUAAAACAUUGCCUGAGCUCAAUUCAAUUAUUUCUGUAAAGCAAAAUGGAAAACUCAGGGCUGAACGACUGUGUGAGAUUCUGCUGGACUUUAAUUUUAUUCCGUUACAAACAGGCUCUGAAAGUUGUAAUAUAUAUAACAGAAUCAAUUGUCGGACAUUACAAAUUUCAUCAUGGGCUCAAAAUAUAUAUGUUAAAAUCUUCGAUUUUUUAAAGAAAUGGAAUAUUUUUGGUUCUUUUUUGUUGCGGUUUUGUGAUGAAAUUAAGUUUUCUUUUGUUUCAUCCGCUGUAUGCAAUGUUUGGAUCAAUUUUUUGUUUAGUAAUUGCAAUGGCUGUAAGUUUCCAAAUGAAACGUGGUUGGAAGUUUUGAAAAAAUUGGUGUUAGCAAAUGUCCCUCCAAACCUCGUGCAAAAAGCAUUGUCCGUUUCAAAUCUAGAUAUAUUACAAGAAAAACCUUUUGACCCUAAAAAUGAACAAGAUUUUCUGAUCACAAUAGAAAAUUGUAUCGCAGAAACUCGGUCAUGUGAAAUUCAAACUACAGAAUUUUUGGAGAACGAAACUAUUGUGAUUGAUAAUCCAAGUUCGUGGACGUUAUUUAAGGGUGAUAUAGGUGGUCUUCCCAUAGGUUUGAUGCCUGGUCAAGAUAAGACAAUGCUUUGGAAAGAUCUGUCUAGUGAUAGAUUGGAGGCUGCGGAAAAUUUUAUUGACAAUCUUCCCUCAAAUGAUGUUGAGAAAAACAAUUAUUUUCAUGAGGGAUUCAGUGAAAGCCAAAUACAACACUUUGCUAAUGCAAUUGAUUUACUAUAAUAUUGCAGAUAAUAAAAGAAUUUUGUCUA